AUGUUCGAGAUCGCGCAGAUGGGGGACACUGUUGCUGCUUCAGAUGCCAUGGAGGGUCGUGGAACAGGAGGAGGCCAUGGCACAACAGCAAGAUUCGGAACGGCCGCCGCGCCCAAGAAGAAGGUCUCUGACGCCCCUGGCUCGAAGGCGCGUGCCGCGAGACGCCCCCAGAUCCGAGAAAGAUCUGCUGGCCGGGGACUGAGAUACGAGAAGGAGCGUUUCGACGGCGGCCAAGGCAGGGACCUGCGUUUGAAGAGCCCGUCCCGCUCAAGAAGACGGAACAGGUCUGGAAGAGGAUGUUCUACAGCUGCUGCAGUGCCAGCGCUUUCGCAGCAAGCACAACCGCGCCGCAGCCAGGUGGCAUCUCCACCAUCGCUGCCAUGCCAGGCCUUCGCGGCAGCAG